CAAAGAAAAUAAGAAAAAGCCAUCUCCCGCCAUUGACGCGGUCUGCCAUUUUCUGCAUUAUAUCCAAAGAACUCAGACAAUAAACAAAAACCAUUAAAAAACAAAAAUAUUAAUUAACUAUUGAUAAUUGAUCAAAAAACUCCCAAAAUCUCCAUUAAACCUCAAUCAAAGCUACCAAUUUUGUUCCUUUCUGAAAAGAAAACCAAACAUAAAGAAUCACAGUAAAUGAAAUCCAAAACGAAGCGUUCAAAGAGAAAGCUAGGGUUACCAGCUGUCUUACUCCUAUGCUUUCUCUUCUUCUUGGCCGGAUUCUACGCUUCAACGCUUUUCUCUCAGGAUGUGCCUAUUAUUAGACCUAGGUUAAGAAUGCUUGAAGUUGCUGAGGAGCAGGAGAUUGAUGGAAUGCCACAUGGCGCUACCGGAGAAUCUUCCGUGGAAUCUAUUCCUUUUCAGGUUUUAAGCUGGAAACCAAGAGCUGUUUAUUUUCCAAAUUUUGCAACCCCAGAACAGUGCAAGAGUAUAAUUGAAAUGGCUAAGUCCCACUUAAAACCAUCUGCCCUGGCUCUGCGAAAGGGAGAAACUAAGGAGAGCACUAAGGGGACCAGAACUAGUUCAGGUACUUUUAUUAGUGCUUCAGAAGAUGCAUCUGGAAUCUUGGACUUUGUUGAGCAGAAAAUUGCAAGAGCUACAAUGAUCCCAAGGUCUCAUGGGGAGGCAUUCAAUAUCUUGCGCUAUGAAAUCGGACAGAAGUAUGAUUCACAUUAUGAUGCAUUUAACCCAACUGAAUAUGGCCCGCAGACCAGCCAAAGGAUGGCUUCUUUCCUGUUGUAUUUAUCUGAUGUAGAAGAAGGUGGAGAAACCAUGUUUCCUUAUGAGAAUGACUCUCAAAUAAGUUAUGAUUAUAAGAAAUGCAUUGGCUUAAAAGUGAAGCCUCGGCAAGGCGAUGGGAUUCUGUUUUACUCGUUGUUUCCAAAUGGAACAAUUGACGAGACAUCUCUUCACGGAAGCUGUCCAGUUAUCAAAGGUGAGAAAUGGGUAGCAACCAAGUGGAUUAGAGACCAAGUACAGAUGGACUAAGCAUGGUUAUACUUUAGACCUGAGAUUUUACUGAUUCAUAAUUAUUGUACUAUGGCUUUUUGGAACCGAUUUAUUUGAACAUUUGACUCAGAAUGUAUAUAUACUUGAAAUGAAAUGCCAAUGAAAGAGAACUGCACCUGAAAAGAAGAGAGAAUUCUCUCCAGCUCUUGUAUUUGUUUAA